AUGAGAACUAGAUUUCGAUUAGAAAUAAAAUGUCAAAAUUAUAAUGAAAAGAAAGAAAUGGAUAUAGUUACAAUCCAAUCACAGUUUAAGUCAUUACAAGUGAGUGAUGAAAACAAACCAAUAAUUGUGUUAAGUAAAAAUACUCCAUUUGAACUAGAAGCCAAGAUAGGAAAAGAGUCUGAAUUAAAUAUUAAAAUGAAUAGACCACAAUUAAUUUGUAUUCCAAGAGAUAUUAAUAAAUUACAAGAAUAUUGGGGACAAAUAUUAAAAUUUAUAGGUGGAUAUCUCAAAGUAAAUACAGAAACACCUUUUAAAGUAAAUAUUGAUAUUAGUGAUGGAUUAAUAUUAUUCGAAGAUAAUCAAGAGCGGUGUGUAAUGGCAUUAGAAUAUUCAACAAAAGGAAAUAUUGUUACACAAAAUACUAUUCAACAUUUAGAUAAAAAAAUUAUUACAAAUGAAUUAAAAUCACUUUGUUUAGAAUUUAAUAAUAUUUCUAUGAAAUCAACUCAACACGAAAUACUUAGUAAAACUAAAUUUACAUUAUCCAUUUCUAAAACAUCACAAAACCAUCAAUUUCAACCAAAUUUAUUAAUUAAUUUUACAUCAAAUAAUCUUCAUUUCUUUAUUGGAGUUUAUGAAUUCUUUAUUCUCCAACAUCUUUUUCAACAAUUAAAUGAUAAUUUAAAAGUAUUCUUUAAACAAAAUAUAAAAGAGUCUAUUCAGCGUAAAUGUACUAUUUAUCAACCUUUUGUUUCACAACAAAAACCAAUUAUUCUUCCAAUUAAAACAGCGCCAUCAUUACGUUCAUAUAAAGUGAGUAUUCCAAGUAUUACAUUAAAAAUUGCUACAGAUAUUAAAUGUAUUAAAAUAAUUAUUAACGAUUUUAAUAUUGAUGGUAAAAGUGGAGUAUUAACAAAUGUAUUUUCUUUAGAAAUUGAUUGUUUUAAUGCAGAUAAACAAAAAUAUGAAUCAUUAAUUGACAUGACAACAAUAAAAUGUGCUUGGAUUGGUACAUCAACCAGAAUCUUCUUUGAAAAAAAUUUAAAUGUAAAUAUUACACCUCAUGCAAUUCUUUCUAUUAGUUCAUUAUUAAAUGUAGUUAAUUCAUUUAAUAGAGAAAUUAAUGAUAUUUCACAAAUUAUUACACCUAAACAAGAAGAACAAUUACCAAUAUUACAACCAUUUUCAUUACUAAAUUAUAGUGGAAUGGAUUUAGAAAUAAUCAUUUCUAAUAUGAAAUUAUUUGUUAAAAUGAAUUCUUCAAUUGACUUACCUGAAGGAAGUUUACUUCAAAUUAAAAUGGUUGGAUAUAAAGAUAUUUCUUUUACUAUUGGUGGUAUUAAACAAAUUAUUGAAUUAACUUCAUUAAAAACAAAUAAACAUGGUGGAUAUUUAAUUAUUGAAAGAAAUUCAUUAAGAGAAUUAAAAAUAAGUUCAUCAAUUAGUGUUUUAAAUCAAACAAAUGAAAAAGUUAAAGUUUAUGUUUCUACACCAUCUAAACCAAAUAUCAUUUCAUUUUCAUUAAAACCUCAAGAUAUUUAUUAUUUUCAACCAAUAUUUAGUAGAACAUAUUUUUCAAUUGCUGUAACUCCUAUAAAUGAACCAAUUCCUCUUCCAAACCCUUCAUACACUGGACAUAUACCAACUGAAACAAGUGAAUUUAAUAAACAAUGGGAAGCUCCAAUUACUAAAUUAUUUGGUUCAGCUCCUGUUAAAAUUUUAAUGAUUUCUCCUAAAGUAGGAGUUCCUCAAUUAAAUAAAGAAAAGAAAUAUAUCAGAACAGUUAAUUUUAUUAUUCAACAUCCUUAUAUAUUUCAUUCUCAUUUACCUUCAACAUUAUUAUUAACUUUAUUUGAUACAAAUAAAACACAACUUAUUAUUCCACCUUUUGGAACGUUAAGUUAUGCUCAUAAUAAUGAAAGACUCAGUGGAUUUAUUAAAAUACUUAAUGAUUGUAUUGAUGGAUUUACAAUGGAACCAACAAUAUUAUUACUAAAUUCAGAAGAAUUUUAUUUAUUUCCAUCUAAUCUUCGUUCAAGAAGAAUUGUAUUUAAUUCACCAACACAAGUAAAUUAUAUUUUAAUGAGAUUUGAAGAAAAUGAAAAUUAUCCAACUAAUGUUCAUUUUGGAGUUAAUCAAUUUGUACAAAAUCAAACAUUAAUUCCAUUAAUUUAUAAUAAUAUUUCAUUACCAACAAAUGGAAGUUUAGUACCAAUGACACAGUUUUGUGAAGAUAAUAUAAAAAUAAAUAAUAAAUAUAUUAAUGGAAUAUUAAUGUUAAAAAGUGAUCAAAAUAAUAGUAAUAAUAAUAAAUUAAAAGAAGUUCUUCUUCCAAAUGAAGAAAAUGGAAUUGUUCUUCUUGGAAAUCCUCCUAUUGAAAUUGUUUAUUCAAAAAGUAUUGAAGAAAAAAGUAACAAAGAAAUAAUUAUUUUAAAACAACGGUAUGUUAUUCAUAAUAGAACUGAACAUAAAAUUAAAUUUUAUUGUUCUCAAUUCCCUCAUGGAACAAAUGUUAUGGCUAAAGGAUAUGCUCCUUGUAAUGUUAGUGGAGAGUUUGAAAUGUCAUUAGAAAUUGAAAUAAAUAAUGAAUUAUUUGAAAGUGAACAAUUUAAAAUUAAUAAAGAAGUAAAUUGUCAAAUGAUUUUAAGUUCAAAAAAUGAAAGAUAUAUUAUCAUUUCAAUUAAUAUUACUUUAAAUCAAAUGGAAUAUAUAAUUUGUAUUGAUGAAAUAGAAGAUUAUUAUUUAUGUAUUCAAAAUUAUACAAAUAUUCCAAUUACUUUUGCUCAAACAAAUACAAUUCAUACGUAUACAAUUCAACCUAAUCAAUCACUUCCUUUUGCAUGGACAGUACCAACAUUAAAACAUACAUUACAAUUAUAUGAUAAAAAUAAUACAAUUAUUAAUCCAAUUAUUUCUUCUCAACAUCAUCAAUUAGAAUUUAAUAAUAAUGAAAAAAAGAAAAUUGAAAUUGUUUAUUCUUCUUUUUCAUUAGAAAAAUCAACAACAUUUAUUAAUUUUACUUUAAGUUCUGUUUAUGAAAAUUCUUUAAAUACAAUUCCUUUAUAUGAUUUUAAUAUUAUGUUCUCUAAUUUUGGAAUAUCAAUUCUUAUUAAUGAUAAUGAAUUUCUUUAUAUUUCUUUAUUUAAUAUGCAAUUAAAAUUAGUUCAAACGUUUUCACAUUCAGGUAUUGAAUUUUCUAUUGAUUAUAUUCAAAUUGAUAAUCAAGACGUUACUUUAAUUAAUAGUAAACCGGUAAUUUUAUCUCCUUCUCCUUCAGAUUGGAUUCAAUUUAAUAAACAAAAUUAUUUCCAUGUUGGUUGUAAAUUAUUAAGAACAGGUAUUAAUGAAUUAACAAGUCAUUCAUUACAUAUUGUUGAAAUGACAGUCGCAAUUCAAACAACAGAAAUUCAAAUUGACCCUGCUUUUCUUGCUAGAGCAAUAGAAAUUUAUUCUAUUUAUCAUUCAAUUGUUAAAAAUAUUUUUAAAUCUUCCACUACUAAACAAAACGUUGAAACAAAUAAAUUUUAUAUUAAAAUUGAAAAAUUCAUUUGUAAUUCUAUUGCCUUCCAUCUUACUAUUAAUCCUUCUCAAAAAGAACCUCCUCCUCUUUCUGAAUCAGCAACAACUUUACAUCAUUUAACACAAAUGAAUGCUGUAAAAAAUGUACCAAUUGUUAUUCAUAAAUUUAGUUCAAAACCUAUUGAAAUGGAAUUAUUACAAUUUAUUAAAAUAAUUAUUAAAUACUUUUCAAAAGAAAUUGAUUUCCCUUCAAUAAAAAAACAAUGGGCAAGUGGAAUUAUUGGUUUAAAUAAUAUUCGUUUAUCAUAUGAAACUGUUGAUUAUAAAACUUUCGAAAGAUAUGUAAUUCCAAUGAAAUUAUUUAAAGAUGUAGAAAAAAAAAUACCAGAAGAAUUUAAAAGAGCACUUAAUGAUUCAUUUGUUAAAAGUGUUAAUCAAGGAGUAGAUUUAUUAACUACUGGAAUUGCUUCUGGUGUUAAAGGUAUCUGGACAACUCCAUCUACAAUGUAUCAAAUGGCAAAAGAAAAAUCAAGUUUAUUAGGUCCAAUUGGUUUUGUAAGUGGAAUAGUUGCUGGUGUUACAGGAGUUGUAGUAAAACCAAUUGAUGGUGUUUUUGGAUUAGUUCAAAAUUUAGGAAUGGGAAUAUCAGGAGAGACAUGUGGUAAUAUUGCAGAAGAUAGAAUUAGAUUUCCGUGGUAUGUUGCUGGUGGUUCAUAUAAUGAAAAAAGUGCUACUGGAUGGUCUAUGAUGAUGGAGUGUAAUGAAGGGAAGUACCAACAUUUAAAAUAUUUUGAUUGUGUUAGAAAAGUAAGUGAAAGAAAGAUUGAAGUAAUUGUUAUUACAGAAACUCAUCUCUUAUUUAUUACAAAAAAUUCAGGAGAAAUACCUUAUUUACAAAAAAUUAUUCCUUUUGAAUGUUUUAAAGGAAUAUUUACACAAAGUCUUUCUUUAAUACUUUUUUAUUAUGAAAAUAAUAAAUUAUCUGAUUUAGAAAUUAUUGGAUGGACACCUAUUGAAUCAAAUGCAUUAAGAAUGAUUAUUGAAAAUAAUCCAAUUAAAAUAUCAAUUAAUAAAGGAACGUUAUUUUUAAGAUCUAUACCUAAAUCAUAA